AUGACCAGCUACUUUCCUUCUGGUGCCAGCAAUGGCUCGUCGCCAGUAUCAUCAUCCCCGCUGUCUCCGCCGCCCUCUCAACGCUCCACGGCGUUGUCGAAUCGCUUGACCUCCGUGCUCUCGGCCUCGUAUGCCGACUCUGACAUCCGCGAUGCCCUGGAAACCUUGAGUGUUCGAGGAAUCCAGAAUACUGCCGAGACAAGACGUCAGUUACGCUUGGAUGUACAGAAGGAGGUUGUUGAUAGCAAUGCGGAGAUUGUGAGAGAUUUCGGGAAUGUUGCGGAGCAAUUGAGACGAAUUGGAAGCGUGAUCGCCGCCCUCAACCAAACAUGUGACGAAAUGCGUAAACAUAUCGGUCAGGCUAAGCAGGAGACGGCACCAGUGUUGGAGGAGGCCACCGCGUUGAUGAACCAGAAGAAAGGCACCGAGACGAAACAGCGGUUGCUAGAUGCUUUCUCGAAACACUUUUUGGUACCCGAGGAGGAUCUCAUGGUCUUGACGGCGGCUGAAGAGCCUAUCGAUGACCGCUUCUUCGAUAUACUUGCCCGCGUCAAGCAGGUGCACCACGACUGCGAACUUCUGCUCGGCGGCGAAAACCAACGACUGGGCUUGGAGGUCAUGGAGUUGAGCACCCGACAUCUCAACACUGCUUAUCAGAAAUUAUACCGGUGGAUCCAAAAGGAAUUCCAAUCUUUGAACCUUGAGGAUCCACGAAUCAGCAGCUCGAUCCGCCGCGCAUUGAGGGUGUUGGCAGAGAAGCCAACCCUGUUCCACAGUUGUCUUGACUUCUUCGCAGAGGCGCGUGACUACGUGCUUUCAGACUCGUUCCAUUAUGCGCUGACAGAUGCGAUCUCCGGUGCCACUGGAGCCGAACCUGGGGGUGAUCGCAGCGUCAAGCCAAUUGAGUUCUCAGCACACGACCCGUUGCGAUAUGUUGGUGAUAUGCUUGCUUGGGUGCAUUCAACAACAGUGUCGGAGAGGGAAGCACUGGAGGCUCUUUUUGUCGCUGAUGGAGAAGAGCUCGCGCGAGGUAUCCAGGCUGGAUUGAGCAGUGAACCCUGGUCACGCAUCGACGAGGAAGAGGAGGCUACGUUUGAUGGUCGGAAGGCCCUCAGCGAUCUGGUAAACCGCGAUCUUACUGGAGUCUCACGAUCACUUCGACAGAGAGUCGAGCUUGUGAUCCAAGGGCACGACGAUCCUGUGACCUGCUACAAAGUGGUCAAUCUGCUUUCCUUCUACCGCACGACUUUUGCUAAAUUGGUCGGUCCACAAUCAAACCUGGUCGACUUGAUGCAAGCUUUGGAGAAAUUUACAUUUGGCCACUUCGAGGUGUUGAUGCGCGACCAGGCCAGUGCCCUCUCAACUGAUCAAGCUGCCCUUGCUCCUCCAGAUGACUUGUCACCUCCAGAAUUCCUGUUGGACGCUCUGGAAAGCCUCCUAUCUCUCAUGAAAUCCCACGAUGCAUCAGUGGGCGCGGACGAGUCGUCUGACGCGGACAGCGAGAAUUCAUUUACCCCCGUCCUUCGUGCCACCUUUGACCCAUUCCUGACGCUGGCUCGGUCCUCGUCUGAUGAGUUGAAGGAUACUACCGCGCAGACUAUAUACCGCACCAAUAUUCUUCUCGCAGCGCGGGCAACUGUCCAACCAUUCUCUUUCGCCAGUGCAACACAUAUUGCACCUCUAUCCACCGCCCUGUCUACACUCCGCACCAAUCUUCUCGACAUCCAGCACCAGUUCCUACUCGAGAUGUCUGGGCUGCAGACACUUCUCGAAGCACUGGAGCCAUUCUCCAAUACCUCCAAGGAUGAGAUGGAAACAAAGAAUGAACAGACUGAGAAGCCAGAUCAACAGAAGCCUCAGCUUGCCGAUCUCGCCAGCCUUCCUGCCUUCCAACCUGAAGCUCUGGUUGCGUCGAGUCAGCAGCUGGAUGACUUCCUCCCAUCUGCGCUCAUGGACGCGACUGAUAACCUUAAGCGUGUGCAGAGCGCCUCGCUCGUGCAGAGCGUGACCGAGGACGCCGUCGAGGCAUUCUGUCGCGACUUCGAGUUCGUGGAAGGCAUGAUCAUCGCCGCGGAUGAAGCGCGAGGUAUGACCCAGGCGAGCCUCGGAACCGGAGGUAGCGUAUUCAGUGGUCGGAGUGGGAGAUCUUUGCGGAGACCAGGGACAGGAGAGGAUCGUGACGAGGAUGAUGGCGAGAGAGAGGACCAGUGGAGCUUACGGUCGUUGUUCCCUCGGACCACUGGUGAAAUUCGUGUGCUUUUGAGUUGA